AUGAGGGACACCCGCGGCCCAGGGGGCCAGGCGGGCUCCGGGUCUAUUCCGGGAGCCGAGCGCAGGGGCGGGCGCGGGCGGGCGGGGGCGCCGGGCGAGCAUCCUGUCGGGGGAGGGGAUGCGCGGAGGGCGCUCCCGCGGGGCCGGGGCCGACUGGAGAGCGCCGCGCCCGACGCUGCCAGCCCCGCCGGAGGCACUGCGCCCUGCUCCGCUAUCGCCGGCGCCAUGGACCGAGGCCGGGUGCUGGAGCAGCUCCUACCCGAGCUCACAGGGCUGCUCAGCCUCCUGGACCACGAGUACCUCAGCGACACCACUCUGGAGAAGAAGAUGGCCGUGGCCUCCAUCCUGCAGAACCUGCAGCCCCUCCCAGCCAAAGAAGUCUCCUACCUGUACGUGAACACAGCGGAUCUCCACUCUGGGCCAAGCUUCGUGGAGUCCCUCUUUGAAGAAUUUGACUGUGACCUGAGCAGCCUUCAAGACAUGCCAGAGGACGAGGCGGAGUCCUGCAAAGGAGCCAGUCCUGAGCCAGCCAAGAGUCCAUCUCUGAGACACACAGCUGACCUGCCUCCACCGCUCCCCAACAGGCCUCCGCCUGAGGACUACUAUGAGGAGGCCCUUCCCCUGGGACCUGGCAAAUCCCCUGAGUAUAUCAGCUCCCACAAUGGCUGCAGCCCAGCCCACUCGCUUAUGGAUGGCUACUAUGAGGAUGCAGACAGCAGCUACCCCGCCACCAGGAUGAAUGGGGAGCUGAAGAAUUCCUACAAUGACUCUGACGCCAUGAGCAGCUCCUACGAGUCGUACGAUGAGGAGGAGGAGGAAGGCAAAGGGCCACAGCCCACACACCAGUGGCCCUCAGAGGAGGCCUCCAUGCACCUGGUGAGGGACUGCAGGAUAUGUGCCUUCCUGCUGCGGAAAAAGCGCUUCGGGCAGUGGGCCAAGCAGUUGACCGUCAUCAAGGAGGACCAGCUCCUGUGUUACAAAAGCUCCAAGGACCAGCAGCCGCAUCUGAGGCUAGCGCUGGAUGUCUGCAAUGUCAUUUAUGUGCCCAAGGAUAGCCGGCACAAGAGGCACGAGCUGCGCUUCUCCCAGGGGGCUACCGAAGUCCUGGUGCUGGCACUGCAGAGCCGGGAGCAGGCCGAGGAGUGGCUGAAGGUCAUCCGAGAGGUCAGCAAGCCCGUCGGGGGCACUGAGGGGGCAGAUGUGCCCAGAUCCCCAGUCCUCCUGUGCAAGGUGGACCUGGACAAGAGGCUGUCCCAAGAGAAGCAGACCUCGGAUUCUGACAGCCUAGGCAUGGGUGACAGCUGUUCCACUCUUGGCCGUGAACAUGGCAAAGGGAAGAAGAGCAGCCUGUCAGAGCUGAAGGGUUCCAUGAGCAGGGCUGCAGGCCGCAAGAUCACCCGUAUCAUCAGCUUCUCUAAGAAGAAGGCACUGGCUGAUGACCUGCAGACGUCCUCUACCGAGGAGGUUCCAUGCUGUGGUUACCUGAAUGUGCUGGUGAACCACGGAUGGAAGGAACGCUGGUGCCGCCUGAAGUGCAACACCUUGUAUUUCCACAAGGACCGCACAGACCUGCGGACCCACGUGAAUGCCAUUGCCCUCCGUGGUUGUGAAGUGGCCCCAGGCUUUGGGCCCAGACACCCAUUUGCCUUCAGGAUCCUACACAACCGGCAGGAAGUUGCCAUCUUGGAGGCAAGCUGCUCAGAGGACAUGGGCCGCUGGCUUGGGCUGCUGCUAGUGGAGAUGGGCUCCAAAGUCACUCCCGAAGCUUUGCACUAUGACUAUGUGGAUGUGGAGACCCUAACAAGCAUCGUCAGUGCAGGGCGCAACUCCUUCCUAUAUGCAAGAUCCUGCCAGGAUCAGUGGCCUGAGCCCCGAGUCUAUGAUGAUGUUCCUUAUGAAAAGAUGCAGGACGAGGAGCCUGAGCGACCCUCUGGAGCCCAGGUCAAGCGCCAUGCCUCCACUUGCAGUGAGAAGUCCCAUCGGGUGGACCCACAGGUCAAAGUCAAGCGCCACGCCUCCAGUGCCCAUCAAUAUAAGUACGGUAAGAACCGAGCUGAGGAGGAUGCCAGGAGGUACCUGAUAGAAAAAGAGAAGCUGGAGAAAGAGAAAGAGACAAUCCGGACAGAGCUGAUGGCACUGCGGCAGGAAAAGAGGGAACUAAAGGAAGCUAUUCGGAACAACCCAGGGGCAAAGUUAAAGGCUCUUGAAGAGGCUCUGGCCACCCUGGAAGCUCAGUGUCGGGCAAAGGAGGAGCACCGGAUCGACCUGGAGCUUCGGCUGGUGACUGUGAAGGAGCGCUUGCAGCAGUCCCUGGCAGGGGGCCCAGCCCUGGGGCUCUCCGUCAACAGCAAGAACAAGAGUGGGGAAACUGCAAAUAAACCCCAGAACAAUGCCCCAGAGCAACCUCUCCCUGUCAAUUGUGUUUCUGAGUUACGGAAGAGGAGCCCAUCCAUCAUAAACUCCAAUCAAGGAAGGGUGCUACAAAAAGCCAAGGAAUGGGAAAUGAAGAAGACCUAG